CAAUGCUUCUGGACACCCAGGCUUGCGUGGUUGCACUGCUCGGGGGGUAAUCCACGUUGCUAUAUCAAUUUGGCUCGUCUUAGCUUUCUGCGUCUCUCCUGACUACUGACUUUUCUCCGACGAUUACUUCAUGAUUUAUCAGAGAAGGGUUCAGAAUCUAAUGCGGUUGCAUCUGUACCACUUCUAUAUUCUCCGGACAGUGGCAGCAGGUACAAGCUUAUCUGAUAAAUGUGCAGGGGAGAUCAGUCUGCAGAAGAGUUACGGACUAGAGAGCCGCUACGUCAGUCAUACACAUUUGGCAACUCGAGUGAUAACAAGCACGGAUAUUCUUCUUCUACCAAUGAAUUAUUUCGCCCGGCUUGAGAGGCUAUAGACAGAUGACCACCCACAGGCAAGAAUGACACUCUUCUGCUUCAACAGUCCCCGUCAUUCCAGAGUCAAAUAGGUGGUACUUCAGGUUUCGAUUCAAG